CGCCCCACCUUGUUUCGAUCACGUGACGCGAGCUUACGAAGAUGGUGGAAGUUUCUUCUUCCUUGAAGUGAAUCCCCGACUGAAUCCUAAAUACCGAGGACUGGGAGUUCACUGCAGCGUUACAAGUUUGCUUUUACAGCCUCCCUUCGGAUCCGGGUAAGUCAGGUGUAUUUGGCCCUCGGGCAUGGAGCAGGAGCACACGCUGUAUUCUGGAGUCGCUUCAGAGGUGGAAGAUUCUGACUGGUUUACACAGGCAGCAUUUCACAGACUGCAGGCCUGACCAUUGUCACCUUUUUAGUGUCUUUUUAUUUCCUUCCAUGAUGGUGCAACGUCUGCGUCUCUGAGGUCACUACAUUCAUUUGGCAGAUGCUUUUGUCCAAAGUGAAGGAAAAGGUGGAAGAUGUCCUAAAAAUACAAUCUUAGUAGUAUUCCACCCAACUGAGGGCUACAUGAGGCCUUCAGCCCAGCCCUAUGUCAUGGCAAGUGGAGUCACCAAGCCGGGCACUUCAAACGGUUACCCUAUGAAGGCACAACUACAAAUCAUCGUGCUAUCAGCAAAACUAAAAGAGAACAAGAAAAACUGGUUUGGUCCCAGUCCUUAUGUGGAAGUGACAGUCGACGGCCAGUCUAAGAAAACGGAGAAAUGCAACAACACCCACAGCCCCAAAUGGAAGCAGCCGCUCACUGUGAUUGUGACUCCAUUCAGCAAACUGGUGUUCCGUGUGUGGAGCCACCAGACCCUGAAGUCAGACGUGGUGCUGGGCAUAGCCACGCUGGACGUCAGUGACACACUCAAGUCUAACGAAAUGAAAAUCUCUGAGGUGGUGCAGACCUUAAAGCUGUGUGCAGACAGAGACCAGUCCGAUGUGGUGGGAGACCUGUCCGUCUGCCUGGACGGCAUGACUGUCGACCCCGAGAUGUUCGCCACGGCCGAGGCCAACCAUCACAGUACAUCAAAUGGGGAAUCCCAACCCAAUGGGGAUCAUGCCAUAAGGGGGAGUCGAGACAGCUCCCCAGCUGUGAGUGUGGACGGUGUCGAGCACAGGUCUUCUCCCAGUGGCCGGAGGUCAGUGAACAGCACAGGGUCUCCCUCAGUGUCAUCAGGGAGCUCGAGGCCUCUACGACCGCCCAGGCCCUCCAGACCACCUCCUCCAACCCCACGCAGACCCGCCUCUUCACCAGCAUCUUCCAGCAAUGGGUCUGCAACAGCUGAUGGCAGUGAUGGUCAGUCAGGUUCUGAUACGCCGGUGCGAACACCGGCCUCAGGACCCUCACCGGCCCCAGAAUCGAGCCCAUCGGCAGGCUCGGAGAGGAACACCACACCGGCCUCCAGCUCUGGAGCUGCAGCAACCAGACAGCCGACCAGCAGCAUCACCCCAGCUGCCACUCCGACGGUCCCCGCUGUCAGUGCAGGGCCGCUGCCCCCUGGGUGGGAGCAGAGGGUGGAUCAGAACGGCAGGUUGUAUUUUGUCGAUCACGUGGAAAAGAGAACUGCGUGGGAACGCCCUGAACCACUGCCCCCUGGCUGGGAGCGUCGCGUCGACCAGAUGGGGCGGGUCUACUUUGUCGAUCACAUGACGCGAACCACCACGUGGCAGCGCCCUACGAUGGAGACGGUGCGUAACUACGAGCAGUGGCAGCACCAGCGCAGCCAGCUACAGGGCGCCAUGCAGCAGUUCAACCAGAGGUUCAUAUUCGGGCUACAAGAGCAGGUCUCAGCCACUCAGAAUAAGGAGUUUGAUCCUCUCGGGCCUCUGCCACAUGGAUGGGAGAAGAGAACAGACUCGACUGGCAGAGUUUAUUUUGUACAUCACCCUACGCGGGCAACACAGUGGGAGGACCCACGCACACAGGGUUUGCUGAAUGACAAGCCACUUCCUGAGGGCUGGGAGAUGAGGUUUACUGUAGAUGGCAUUCCGUACUUCGUCGACCACAACAGGAGAACGACCACCUACAUCGACCCUCGCACUGGAAAAUCCUCACUUGAAAACGGACCUCAGAUCACCUACGUUCGAGACUUCAAAGCCAAAGUACAGUACUUCAGAUUCUGGUGCCAGCAACUGUCAAUGCCUCAACACAUCAAGAUCAGCGUAACCAGAAAAACUCUGUUUGAAGACUCCUUCCAGCAGAUAAUGAGCUUCAACGCUCAAGAUCUGCGAAGGAGACUGUGGAUCAUCUUCCCUGGAGAAGAAGGCCUCGACUAUGGCGGCGUCGCCAGGGAGUGGUUCUUCCUGUUGUCCCAUGAAGUUCUGAACCCCAUGUACUGCCUGUUUGAAUAUGCCGGUAAAGAUAACUACUGUCUCCAGAUCAACCCCGCCUCCUACAUCAACCCUGACCACCUCAAGUAUUUCAAGUUCAUAGGACGCUUCAUUGCCAUGGCUCUUUUCCAUGGCAAGUUCAUCGACACUGGUUUCUCACUGCCAUUUUACAAGCGCAUCCUGAACAAGCCCUUGGCCCUCAAAGACCUGGAGUCAAUAGACCCGGAGUUCUACAACUCACUCAUGUGGAUCAAGGAUAACAACAUCGAGGAGUGCGGGCUGGAGAUGUUCUUCUCCGUCGACAAAGAGAUCCUGGGGGAAAUCUCCACCCAUGAGCUGAAACCAGAAGGAGGAGACCUCCAGGUCACCGAGGAGAACAAGGAGGAGUACAUCAGGCUGGUAGCAGAGUGGAGGAUGUCCAGAGGAGUGGAAGAGCAGACUCAGGCUUUCUUUGAAGGCUUCAACGAGGUUCUCCCUCAGCAGUACCUGCAGUACUUUGAUGCUAAAGAGCUGGAGGUGAUGCUGUGUGGUAUGCAGGAGAUCGACCUCGCAGACUGGCAAAGAAGCACCAUCUACAGACACUAUGCUCGAAGCAGCAAACAGAUCAUCUGGUUCUGGCAGUUUAUAAAGGAGAUGGACAAUGAGAAGAGGAUGAGGCUGCUGCAGUUUGUCACUGGUACCUGUCGCCUGCCUGUGGGAGGCUUCGCCGACCUCAUGGGGAGCAAUGGUCCCCAGAAGUUCUGUAUUGAGAAGGUGGGAAAAGAAAACUGGCUUCCCAGAAGUCACACGUGCUUCAACAGACUGGACUUGCCACCCUACAAGAGCUACGAGCAAAUGAAGGAGAAGCUGAUGUUUGCCAUCGAGGAGACCGAAGGCUUCGGACAGGAGUGAGAGGAACCAUCAGGAGUUUGAAUAGUGGGUGCAGGAGUCUGAAGGAAUAAAAGACCACCAGUGUUCAAAUCAGGGAGCCCCUUCAGAAAAAGCGGGUGUUUCAUGUGUUUCUGCUCAUGCAUGCACGCACACGCCUGUAUGCUACUUCUAUGGGUGUGAGACCAUUUUCUGCAUGUUGUUGCUAAGGAGCUUGGAUUUCCGCCUCCCACCACCAUGCUCGCAGCAGGCCUCUCAAUGCUUGAUUGGUACGUGACCAUUUUUGUAUUCUUUUAAACCAAAACACUGAAGCUGCUCCCAUCUCUCAGAAUGUGCGGCAAAUUAUGCAUGGAAUCCUGAAUACAUACCCUCCAUGACAUCUGCAGGAUUUUCCCUCCCCACAGUGUGAUCAUGUAAUGGCAGGGAACAGGGAGGCCUCUGGUCAAGGGUCACGGGCUCUAACAGUAGAGUCUCGUCACGUCGUCUUUGUCCCUGUUUUCUUCUUGAGUUGCUCUCCAACAAAGCACCUGGUAAAAGUCAAAGUGUUUAUUUUAAGGCGAGAUUGAGAGGGUGUGCUUUUUCUAUAACAGGAUUUAAGGCACAAUGAGUAGGAUCUGUCGGUAGCGGUUUGUAAACGCAACAUUCAAAGUUGCCCCGGCUUAACGAGGGUGACGGUGCUCUCGCCAGCAGGUGAGAGCCGACACCCGUUUAGCAUUUUCUGGUCGCUACGUUUUUAUUGUAGAUGUUGACGCCCAGAAAUGAAUCCAGCAAACUGAGAAGAAAAGAUCAAAUCCAGGUCUGUGGUGCAGCCUCUGCAGAAACAAACACCACCACACUCUUCUAGGAGAUCAUAAGUUAAAUAUUUUUGUACGAGUCUAUACAUUUAGGAAAAUCCUACUCAUUGUGUCUUUUUUAGGUUUCACCAAAAAAAGCAAACUUUGUUGCUCUAAGAUUGUUUGUUGCGUCCGCUUUUAUCCUAAUGAUGAUGAAUGAUGAUUUUAUAUCAUCAUAUCCUCAAAUCUCUCACACCUUCACCUGCAUCUCUGCUUAUGGAUCUUUCUUUAACGUGUGACAAUAUAAGAUGAUAGCUAUGCCGUAGUGAAUUUAUAAAGUGCCCCAAAUUAAUGCUUAAAUAACAGACAAUCUUGGUGACGCAAAUGGAUUUUUGCGACAUAUAAGUAACGAGAGAAAGAUUUAGUGUUCCUGUAUUAUAGUAUUUGAUCUGUGAUUCACUUAAUGAUUGUGAAAAGUGUUGAAGCCUCCAUUAUUUACAGUGGUGGGAAAUGUGGAAGACUUGAACAGAGCUUAGUCUGACCCUAGUUUUAUAGGGCCCGAGUUUGAAUUCUGUGAUGGGGAAUAGGACAUUUUGAUUAGAGUAUUCUGGGAGUGUUUUAUAAUUUAUUCAUUUUAAUGUCAGCUUUUGAGACAUUUUACAUCUUCCUUGCUUUUAUUUUGGGGUGGUUUCAAAACAAGACAAUGAAGAAAUCCAUUGGGGAUCAAGUACUUUAAGAUGUGUAUUCAGUACUCAAGAUGUACUUGAAUUACUGUCGGAACUUUAAAUUAAAACACGAGUGAAAAACACCAAAUGCAAGUCAAACCAAAUCUUUUUUUUUUUUUUUUUGUUUAGGUAACAUCUUUAGUAACAUUUUGAAUGCAUACCUUGCAAAACUCCAAAGUAAAUUGCAUGAAAGCUCCUCAUACACAUGUAGCAUUUGAAGGAGAGUGAUAGUUAAUACCUUAUUUUAAUUCUUGUUGCCCCACAGCCAACCACGAAAUGAAUGGGAAAAAUAAAUAACAUUAUUCGUAAUUUAAAAAAAUCACUGUCAAAAAGAUGCAGUGCAGUAUUUAAAACUUAAAGGAUGAUUUUAAUCUGAGUAUUUUCACUUCAUAACAGUCAAAGUUCCUCCGAUAUCGUUUUGUUUUACAGACAAAGAUACUGCUUCAGAAUUCCCAAGAAAAUAAAUUUUUAGCAGAUUACCGUUCCUUAAUUACAGAAGUGUGUGUGUGUGUGUGUGUGUGCACAAAGAAACCUCCAGAUGCUUCACCAGUGUGGAAUCCAAAGUUGAGAGUGUAAAGAAACAGUCUUUCUGGAGACGCUCGUUUGGUUUGGUUGAUGUCACACAUCAUCUGAUCAGUCACAAAGUUAAAGAAUAUGUUUUAUCAAACUUCUCUUAAAAAAAAAAUAAAAAAAUAAAAAAACAGGUUGCUUAUUUUUUAAUUACUCGCUGAAAAGACCGGUGUGGUUACUGAGGAAUGUUGGAUUCAGGUGUUAUUGGUCUGACUAAGCAAAGCACUUUAAAAAAGAUAUAUAUAUAUCCCUCCACUUUCUUAUCUUCAGCAUGUGGGACAUCCAGUCCUGGUUGUUAGUAACUCCAGGCUCUUUGUUUCCACAUGCGUGCUGAGAAGGUGUUGGUCAUGAGCCCGCAGCCUUAUUUCCACCCUCAGGCAUCAGGUACCCUUUUCAGCAACAUGAUGCCGGCAGAGAUGAUUGACCAUGUGGACUUUAUGUUCAUACUCUGGACUAUGGCUCUGCUCAGAUCCUGCUGUGGAGAAGUAACCAGACCAAGAGGAGCUUGAUUAGUUCAUUUUUAGAAGAAAGUGCACCAGAGUGGAAAAGCUGUGAGACUUGAGCUGAUGGCCUGUUUCCACGGCUCACUGUGACUUCAGCUGGGAUAGCAACUACUGAGUCAAAGUCCGUGUAAUAUAAUGAAUGUAUCACGAUGAAAAGUUGCCUCAGAUUGUUCCCCUAGUGCAGAGUGAGGUUUUGUUCUUGUUCUCCAUCGCAUUUUAAAAUCCCAGGGACAUAGCAGAUAAGUAAAUAUGUGAAUAUCGUAAUUCACCGCUUUUUUUUUUUUUUCUUUUUCUCCUGAAUCCUCCAUGUACAACUAAACCACUGUCACUCUCCUGUAUAUGAAAACAAGUUGUAAAUGGUGUCAAUAACAAAUUUUCUUUUGUAAAAGAAAGGUUUUAAUAAGAGGUUUAUGGUAACACUAUAUUUUCUUUUCCCUGUUUAAUUGCCGAUGUACAUGAAAAAUGUGUAAUAUAGAAAUUGUCACCUUAAUAAAUUAAAUCAAAAAAA